AUGGCUCCUCCUCAAGUCAUGGUAAACCAUGAGACAGACUCAUUCAUAAAAGAUUCAGAAGUCGUAGGAAGGGAAAAUGAUUUUUCAAAUUUAGUUGAAAGAAUAACUAGCCCCAAAAAACAAGAAAAUGUCAAUGUUAUUCCCAUCGUGGGAAUGGCUGGCUUAGGGAAGACAACUUUGGCAAAGCUG